UAUUUAAAACGUAAGAAAUCAAUAUUCAUUGACACAUUGAUAUAUAUAUAUUGAAGCCAUUUAACAAGUCUACCUGACAGAAAAAGAAUACACUAAAAUAACAUACUAUUCAAUGGAUUUAGAACGUAAUGUAAAAAUUAUUGAAGAAUUAAAAAUGGAAAUGAAUUCGCUAAAAGAACAAAUAAAAUUUCAACGUCCACAAACUUCCGACUUAAUUAAAAGUUUAUUUCAUUAUUUUAUCGAGAAAGCUGAUGAAGACAUAUGGCUUGAUAAAAGUGCAGCAGUUAAAGCAGAUAAUCCAUUCAAGGAGAGAUCAUGUUGUCCACUUUUAUAA